AUGCAAAGGAAGAAAGCUGAGAACAAAACAAAUAUGGAUGAAGAUCCCCUAACAAAUGUAAGAAUACAUACAAUUCAUCAUGGGCGAAUUGAUGCAAGACCAUUGAUUGAAUGUUUGGAUAUUCAAUCAACAUUCGAAAAACAAAAGAAAAGUAGACUAUUUCACCGAAAUGAAUCGACACGUAGUAUUAAUGAUCAAAUCGAUAGUUCACCGGGAAAAAUUGAAGUUGGUCGUUCAACUAUUGAUAUUUGUGAACCAAUACCUGAACAUUUACAUGCUUUAAGAAAUGCUUUUAAUAAAAUUCUUAAUGAACGUCUAUUAUCGGAAAGUAGCUUCAAACUACGGCACUGUGUUUUUAAUAAAUUACGUCAACUUAUUCUUUCGAAACGAUCAGAUUGUCGAAUAAAUUUAUAUGGCUCUAUGCUAUUUGAAUGUUGUCUGGAAAAACCUGGCACUAUGGAUAUUGAUGUACAAUUUAAACAAGCUCUGCAAUAUGAUACACUUAAAGAAUUACUUGAAAUAAUAACUAGCAGUGAUUUAUGUAAAGAAGCUCGUAUUAAUACGGAUCAUAAACCAUCUUGUAUCGAUUUAGCCCUCAAUGAAGUAAAUAUACGUGUACGAGUAACAUCAGGUUAUAAUCGUGGAAUAAAUUUAUCAAAAUUAAUUCGAAUUUAUACAAGAUUUGAUUCACGUGUUAUUAAAUUACUUCGUUUAUUUCGUAUACUUUCGAAGACAUGCAAUAUAGACAAACCUGAUUUAGGUACACUUCAUCCAGUAGUCUUUCAUAUAAUGGUUAUUCAUUUUCUGCAACAGCUCGAUCCUCCUAUUUUACCGUGUCUUCAUGAAUAUGUGUUUGGAAUUGAUCAUGUACCAAUAACAAUGAAUGAAAAUCGAUAUCCAGAAUUUUUUCGUGUUUCUAAUGAAUAUUCACGUCAAUGGAAAUCAAAAAAUACGACAGAAAUUGAAUUGUUGUUUUUACAAUUACUUUCAUAUUACGUUAAAACAUUUAACACAAAACAAUUUGUUAUUUCAAUACAAACUCGAAUGCCUGUCGUUAAAAUAGAUAAAAAUUGGCAUAGUAAAAAACUACUUGUUGAAGAUCCUAGUGAUGUUAAACGAAGUUUAUGUCAAACAAUGCAAGCUAUACGGUCCAUAAAUUAUUUUCGUGAUACUUUAAAUACUGCCUUGAACUAUUUCGGUCGAAAACAAAAGAAAAUUAAAAAGGUUCAAGUAACUCAAACUUCAAAUGAAAAUACUAAUAAUAAUGAUGAUGAUGAUUUCAUUGAAAUUAUUGCUGAAGAUGAAAAUGAAAUUCCAAUAAUUGAACCAACAAAUGCAUUACAUAAUUCAUAUAAUCUAUUUUAUAAACGUUUACCAUUAACAAUAGUACGUGAUGUAAAUAUUCGGCAAAGCCGCGUACGGGAUUAUUAUAAGAAAACAUUUGAAGCAAAAUUACCGGAACCAAUUAUUAAAUCAGAUUCAUUACUUGAUCAACAAUUUGAAAAUUCAACUGAAAAUGAAAUUGAAGAAGCAUUUCAACAUGAUCUUGAACAUGAUUUUGAAACCAUGGAUGCUUAUGAUGAUGAACAAAAUAUUCUAUUAGAUAGAACUGUAUCAAAUAAUGAUUAUGAUGAAAGUUUAAACAUAGAUUUUGAUGAACUUAAUAUUGAGAAUGAUAUGGGUCAAAAACAAUCAGCAGUUCGGAAGUUAUUUGCACCAACAAAUGAUGAAGAAAAAUCGAAUGAAACAAAUCCAUCAUCAUUAAUCAUAGCCGAUAAUGAACAAGACAAUAUAGUAAAUAAUCAAGUGAUAGAAGUCUAUGAAAAAUUAAAACCAUCAUUUGAAGACAAGAGUGAAAUAAUCAAUGUUGACACUCCUUCAAUUGAAUCAAACAUGAGUGCAAUACAAAAUGAUGUCAAUAAAAAUUCUCUUGCUAGUACCAAUAAUGAUGAUCCAUCAGUAUUUACAUCACCAAUCAAAGAUGACCAAUUACCAUGUAUAGAUAAUCCUUCUUCGGACCUCUUUUAUGAUUUUCAAGCAGAAAAUUUUCAUGCAGAACAGGGUGCUCCAUUCGUCUGUACAAUAUGUAAUAAUGUAGGUCAUUUAAAAUCUGAAUGUCCAGAAUUAAUUGUACCAAACAUGGUUGAUCUACCAGAAAUAAGCGAGGAAUGGAUUCAAAUACUUUCAUCAUUAUGUCAAUAUAUAACUGAACAAUGCAAACCAAGACAUAACGAUAUAGAAAACCGUGAAAGAAUCUUAAUACAAUUGCAAAAACAAUUUGAAAAAGAUUAUCCAGAUUGUAGUUUACAUGCAUUUGGAUCAUUCUAUAAUGGAUUUGGUUUUCGAAAAAGUGAUCUUGAUGUUUGCAUUGUUUUUAAAGAUCAACGAGAAGAACAUACUGAUGAAGCUCUUCAGAUAAUGAAAAGAAUACUUAAAUCAAUGAGAUCAAGUUCAGAUACAUUUGAAAGUGUGCAACCCAUUUUACAUGCUAAAGUACCAAUUAUUCGUUCAAAACAUCGACGGUUACAAAUUGAAAUUGAUAUUAGUUUUCAUAAUAUGCUUGCCAUUGAAAACACACGUUUAUUGAAAGCAUAUGCCGAUAUAGAUCCACGUGUAUCUCAGCUUGGUUAUAUGAUAAAACAUUUAGCGAAAAGCUGUGAUAUAGGCGAUGCAAGUCGUGGUACAUUAUCGAGUUACGCAUAUAUAAUAAUGGUUAUUCAUUUUCUUCAACAAAUUAAACCUUCUGUUUUGCCGGUGCUUCAACAACUUAGUGAUAAUCAAACAACAAAAGAUUCAAUGUACAAAAAAUGUUCAAAAUGGAAUGUUUAUUUUUAUGACAAUCUACAUGAAAUUAAUAAUUUAUGGAAAAAUGAAAACAAAUUAUCAGUUGGUAAAUUAUGGAUUGAAUUUCUCAGGUUUUACACCGAGCAAUUCAAUUAUGAUGAACAUGUUAUAACUAUUCGACAAUUUGAGCCAUUGUUAAAAUAUGAGAAGGGUUGGUUUCGGCAAACAAUUGCUGUUGAAGAUCCCUUUGAAUUAAAUCAUAAUCUAGCCGGUGGUUUGUCUAUUAGAAAUUGGACACUUAUUCGUCGAGUAUUAAUUCGUGCACGACAACAGUUUGGUUUACAAUCAAAAGAUAUCGAUAUUUCUACGCCUGAUUUACAAUCAGUCGAGUCAAUUUUGUUUAAUAUAAAUGAUUUAUGUCUAACAAAUGCUCCAAGGCGAUGUGCUGAAUGUAAAGAACCAUAUCAUAUUCGUAAACGCUGCCCAAAAUUAAUAUCAUUAAUAAGCGAAAAAGAAAAAUUAAAAAGAGUUAUAAUACCAGAACAACAACAGCAAAAGCAACAGCAACACCACCAGCAACAAACAUUAAUAAACCAUCAAUAUGAUUUGUAUUCAAUUAGUUCUGAUAAUAAUAAUAAUAAUCGAUUCCAGACAUAUCCACAAUAUUACUAUUCGGCAAAUGGAUAUCAAUAUCCAAUUCAAGUAGCAUCUAAUCAACGUGUUUGGACACAGCCAUAUUCAAAUCACAGACCAAUAAUUCAUUCAAAUUUUUCCUAUCAAUCAAAUUAUCAACAGCAAUCAGCAAAUAAUUCGAAUCGUCCAUUCUAUUCAAAUAGUCAACGAAGAAAAUGUUUUAUUUGCGGAAGUUCAAAUCAUUUAAAAGCACAAUGUUCUCAGUUUCACUCGAAUACUCUUCAACGAUAG